AUGGCUACCAACAGCAGUUCCUACCAGGAGGCCGCCCUGACCUUACCCGACAUUGAACUUGAUGACCGUCUUGGAAUAGAGAUCGAUGGUGGAAACAUCUACUUGGCUGCAUUUGACAAGAGGACCUCCAAGUCGAUCUUGCUUCUUAACGAACACGACCAAAUUGCUACACCAACAACCGUCGCUUUCGUGGACGAUGAGAUUCUUGUUGGAGAGUCAGCGUCUAGACAACUUGACACCAACGCUGAGAACACUUUCAGGCAUCUCGAUCAACUGCUAGGUCAACUUUUCGCGAGUGGGGUCAUUCAGGCCUAUGUGAAAAACGAGAAACAUGUAGUCGUUCAGCAAAACAAUCGUUGCCUGCUUCGCAUCCCAAAUCGCAACAAGUGUAUGUCGCCGGAGGACCUCAUCGCACUCAUGCUGGCCAAGGUCACUCAUGUCGCCGCAACCAAAUACAACCAUACCUUUCAAUCUGCUUCAUGGGCCUUGAGAAUUAGCGACUCGUGUUCUGUAAGAAGAAGUCCAAGCAUGUGCAGAGGCUGCAACCCUUGCUGGUUUUAA